AUAACCUUCCAAUAAUUGAGUUUUAUAUAUAAGAUAAUAUAUGUAUUUCAUUUUUUAAUGGCUAUGUGCUUACCUUACCUUAACAUAAUCGAUUUAUUAAGAGAAAGCAUAUGACCAGAUCAUUUUUUCUAUUAAGUAUUUAGGCCAAUUAAAGCAACACCAAAUACCACCUCCAACUUCUUCAUUCUCCAUUCUAUAUCUUCUCUUCUUUUUCUUAUUCUAGUACCAACAGAGUUCAUCAAUGGCUUUAACAUGUCAAUUUUCACCUCAUAUAUUAUUAGCCAAAAAGUCCACUGGCUUAGUCAUAAAGCCUUUUGGUAAUGUUUUGAGGCUAAAACAGAGACACAUUCCAGUCAAGAAAACAACAGCACCAAGCCUCAAGAUCAGAUCUUCUUAUAAAGAGAAGGUUUUUGAAGAUCGGUCUAAUGGAAUAAUCUGCUACACAGAUGAAAGUGGGGAAAUAAUUUGCGAAGGUUAUGAUGAGGGUCCUCGUUUUCAUGAACAGAGUCCAAGAAAAUCUUCUCAUUCAAGAGACGUGGAGAUCUUGGAUAUUAUUCAAGAAAGAUGGCUUAAUUUUGUUAGAGGCACUGAAUUGAACCCUACUGAUCAUAAAGGUGUAGCUUUUCAAGGAGACAUCAACUGCAAUGGCUUUAACAACUCACUUCGUUGAUCAUAGAAAUGUUUUAUAUAACUGCGUUUUAAAUUAAUCAGAGUAUGUACCAAAGUGUUAUAAAGGAAUUUACCUUUUUCAUUUACAGAAUGUGAAUACUGAAUAGCAUGUAUAACAAAAACUAUCUUUACCUUUGAAUUUCUUUAGUUCUACAUUACAAUCA